AUGAGCAGCAUGAUGCUCCAAACACAGCCAAUGAAGAAGAAAAGAAAAAAAAAUCAUAGUAAAGAAGAGGACGACUCUGAAAGUGAGGGUGAGGAUCAAGAAAAGGGAAAUGAAAGUGAAGGAGAUGAUGAAGAGAGUGAGGAAGAAGAUGGAAAUAUGAGUGAGGAAUCUAAAGGUUCCAUGACCAUUGUGAACACUGUCAUAGCCCCUUCAGAAAAAACUGGUGAAGAGACAAGGGCUCAAGAACCUGGGUCUCUAUUAACUCCUUUCACUGGAGAUGAAGACGUUAGAACUGAUGAAGAUGAUGUGCCACUAUCUGAGGUGGGGAAGAAACCCAAGAAAACCCCUGUGAAAGCUACAAAGUCAGAAGUCUCAACAAGGAAUGGAGCGGCUCCUCCUGCUAGAACUCCUCUUACAAGGAGUAAAAGAAAGGUUGUUAAAGCACAAAUUAUUAAGGAGUCUAGAAGUGCAAAGAAGCCAAAGAAGAAGGUCUAA